CCUCGACAACACCAUGUAUAACACAUUCGUGUAUUUAUAUUUUUCAUGCAGUAAACAUUUUAGUUUCACUUGGACAGCAACAAAGUCAACAUAAUUGUGUUAAAUAAAUCAAUUAAAUUUUAAAAGAUUUUAUUGUCAUUUAAUUUAAAAAAAAAAACAAAAAAAUGACAAAUUUAGUAAUAAUAGCAGGUGUAUUAUUCUUGACAGUGUGUAAUUAUGUCAAUGGUUUUCCUGAUGGAUCACCAGUUGAUGCAUGUGUCAAGGAACGUCCAAAUCAACCUUAUCAUGGAAAAUUUCGUUCUCAGCCAAUUGACACAAGUCCUUAUCAAAUAUUAGCAUCAUCAACUCAAUAUUCACCCGGCAAACAAAUCAAGGUUGCUAUUCGAGGUGACACAUUUAAGGGUUUCUUUAUUCAAGCAAGAGAUGCUAAAACUAAUGAAUGGCUUGGUAGAUUUGCACAGACACCAAAUACAAAAGUUCAUUCUGAAUGUAGUGCAAUAACCCAUGCUGAUCCAAAAGACAAAAAAGAAGCAACACUUGUUUGGAAUGCACCAACAACUGGUCAGGGACAAGUCUACUUUACUGGAAGUGUCUUAAAAGAUUAUGCUGUUUUCUGGGCUGAUUUGGCAUCGAAAUAAAUUCUACUUUAAAAGAAUGACAGAAAAAAAAAUUAUAAAAUGAACAAAGCUUUGGCUGCAUCCAAAAGAUAACAGAAAAAGUUUUAGUCAAAUUUUUAAUGAAAAAAAAAAAAAAAACCAACUUUAUUUCUUGUUUUAUAUAAUAAACUAAAUAUAAAUAUUAUUUUGUUAUUCAAACUAGAUGAGAGUAUAUUAAACUUUAAAUUAAUUUUAAUUCAUAAAAUGUAUAAAAAUAUAUAAAAUAAAUUUAAUAAAAAUUUUUUAAAUGAAAAAA